UGGAAACAAACGCGAGGUUCAGUUUGAUAUAGUCUGUGCUGUGGUGAACUGAUUCUGGCAUACUGACUCGAGUUCCCACGCUUUUAUUUUGAAGGGCCGGUGUCUUACUUCAGCUAGCAGCUAGCAGCUAGCCGCGGCUCAAACAUCAUCAUGGCAGCGGAGAGCGAUGUGGCGUCUGAGAUCGAGGUGCUGCAGUCCAUCUAUCUGGACGAGCUGCUGGUGGACAGGACGGAGGACGGGGGCUGGGAGGUGAGCCUGGUCCUGUACCCGUCCACCGCCGAGGACUCUGUCUCCCAGUUUGUCCGACUCACCCUGACUUUGACUCUCGAUCAGCAGUACCCGUCGUCCUCUCCAGCCAUCUCCAUCCAUAAACCACGUGGACUGUCUGAUGACAAGCUCAUCAGUGUCCAGAAGUGUCUUCAGCUGGAGGCUCAGUCCUGUCUGGGUUCACCCGUGUUGUAUCAGCUCAUUGAGAAAGCAAAAGAAAUCCUGACUGAGAGCAACAUUCCUCAUGGAAGCUGUGUCAUCUGCCUCUACGGCUUCAAGGAGGGAGAGACGUUCACCAAGACAAACUGUUACCACUACUUCCACUGCCACUGCCUGGGCCGCUACGUCAGCCACUCAGAGAGCGAGCUCCGUCAGAGGGAGAAGGAGUUAGAGGAGGACAAGACCCGAGACCGAGCAGACGAUGAGGAGCUGACCGUGGUGUGUCCGGUGUGCAGAGAGCCUCUAACGUACGACGUCGACCAGCUUCUGUCCUCUCCUGCACCGCAGCUGCCCGAGCUGGACAAAGCAGCGAUUGGUUCAAACUUUCAACAGAAGUGGCGUGAACUCCAGAAGCUUCUGGAAAGGCAGCGGUCCAAAGGUGGGAUCAUCGACCCGGAGGAGGAGUCCAACCGUUUUCUCAUCCACAUCAACGAGACUCCAUCUGUGGCUGAAAAUGGAAGCCUGGAUGGAGAAGUCUCUCCUGGCCCUCCGGUACCGUCUGCCUCUGAUGAGACCGGUGUCAGAGCGGGCCGCUUUGUUCCGGGUCUGUCACACUGCAGAGGCGGUCAUGAGCAGAGGCGUCAGCACCAGGCGAGGGGGCAGAGGAGAGGAGGCCGGUCCAGACCACAACACAGGAGAGCUGCCCCUGUCACAGAGCACCUGGACAAACUGUCUCUGUCCUCAGGCUACACUGACGGACCAAUAAAAGCCAAAGCUCAGGGUAACCACGGCAACCAUGGCCAACAGGUGCAAGUGAAUUCAGAAGUGUGUCAGUCUAAAACAGGCAGGGACGUCUUCGCAGAGCAACAAGAGCCCCCGGUGUCUCCAGGCGACCAGCCAGCGUGUCAGGCCGCCGCGGAAACUGACGAUGCUGCGAUCUCUGCAGGCGGUCGUGGUCAUCGUGGAAGGAGAAGGGGCCCUCAUCGACCUGUCCCGCACCCCGGGGCCCACGGGCCUGCACACUACCAGUGGGAUGGGCGGUCUUCACGAAGCAGGGGUGGGCCCCAUAACCUGUACAGCAGAGGAGGGGGGGCCCACAGGGGUCACGGCAGGGGCUUCCAACAUAAGGUGGACAGAGAGAGGGGCAGAGAGGAGGUGCUAUGACAAAGGGCAACAGGAGGGCCAAUGAACAAACAUGUGUGUGCCUCCGUCAUCAGUCUGCAUAGAUUAACGCUCCGCACCACUAAUGACAUUCGCUGUAGUAACCCGUCGUCCUCCGCGUCACUGCUGUCCCGCGCUCUGGGACACACGCUCAUGCACACUGAUUCAGAUUCAGAUGGUCGUCACUUUGUGUUGUGGUGCAAUAUGACUCGUAUGAACUACAAAUUAAAUUUUCUCUGGAUGUCA